AAAACAAUGGACAAUAUUUCAAAUAUAUCGUCUACAUUAACACUUCAGGGCUUUGACUUGCCCCCUGACACCGUCAUUCCUGCAUUCCUCUUUGCAACCUUGGCAUACAUGAUCAUUCUCUUCUGCAACAUCUCCCUUCUUUCCAUCAUCAUUUUGAACAAGAGUCUUCAUCAACCCAUGUAUGUCAUUCUGUUAAACCUGCCCAUAAAUGAUCUGAUUGGCUCUACAGCUCUGUUCCCCCAAGUUAUCAAGGAACUCUUGUGGGAUACCAAGACGAUCCAGUUUUCCACUUGUGUUACUCAAGCAUUUUUUAUACAUGUGUAUGCUGCAGGUGCUGUGUACAUCCUGUCUGCUAUGGCGUACGACCGUUAUGUGGCGAUAUGCAAGCCUAUGAAUUACAACACAAUCAUGAGUAAUGCACACCUCAUGAAGCUGAUCUCACUGGUCUGGCUCUCUAAUGUACUUAUGAUAGCUGUUCUUUUUAUCCUGCUACUGCGUUUACCACGCUGCAGAUCCCACCUGACUCACACUUACUGCGAUAACCCAUCUUUGCUGCAACUGGUUUGCGCAAACACUACUAUCAAUAACAUUUAUGGAUUAAUGACUGUAGCUGUCUCACAGGUUGUGACGGUUGGUAUGAUGACUUUUACAUACAUUCAGAUCCUCAUCGCAUGCUUUAGAAAUAAAAGUUCGGACACACGAAGCAAAGCGCUACAGACUUGUGCCACACAUUUAAUAGUCUUUUUAAUAUUUGAGUGUUUGGGCUCUUUUACUCUUAUUUCCUAUAGAUUUGCUGAUGUUUCACCACAUUUAAGAAAAUUUAGUGGAGUGGCUGCUAUGAUUAUGUCUCCCACGUUGAAUCCUAUCAUUUAUGGCCUAAAAACAAAAGAAAUCCGGACUAAAGCUUUAAAGUUUUUAAAGAAGCGUGUCUAUCCUGUAUAA